AUGGUCAGUACAACAUCUUCAGAACCAAGAAAACAAGAAGCUGAGGACCGGAAGAAGUCCAAAAUGGAACAAGACACGACUGCUGCCUCUGAGGAUGAAACGGCAAUCGCCGAGGAUGACACCAGCAAGAUUCCAGAAGGCUAUGACGUGUUUGCUGAAGAGGCGUUAGCUCCCCUGAUGUCUGACAACCGCUAUGCGCAAAGAAGAACAGCUGCAGAAUCUAUUUUAGACGCGUCCCUGCUGGUGGCCAACUUUACCCAGUUGAGAACGUUGACUACGUUGGAGGGUACGAAAAACUGGGCUCCAGCACUUGCAAUGGUCCUUUGUUCGUUAGCUUUACAGUUAACCUUCGUUUUCGUCGUCAUCGCUAUCUGGAUCAGGGGGAUUGAAAAGGAACAUAAAAAGGAAUAUAUGCUGAUGUUACACGAGCUCGCAGAGGCAAGGAAGUCACUCGACAGUGCUACCAUGAUGGCGGCUCGCGACAAACUGAUCAAACACAUGAGCCACAGAAAAUAUGGCGUGACCCUUUGUCUUGACAACUUCACCUUGGUUCUAGCCGCUCUCAUAUGUGUCUGCAACAUUGUCAUUUUAACCCUUGGAAUCGAAUUCUAA